UAUACCGCAUUUAUCGUUGGGCGAUGAUAUUUGGUUUAUGAACAUCAUUAAAUAAUGCCCGAUAUCGUUACUCUUACUUCAAUUAUUUCCAUUGUUAUUGCGUUGUCACAAUUGUGAUUGAAAUAAAAAAACGUUCACAUGCAUUUCUUUAUUGUGCGUUUCACGAUUUUGUGUGAUUUUGUAAUCGAACACUGCAAACAUUUGCAAUUGUACAGUGGGUCAAAGUGACGAAAUUGUGUAAAAAUCAAAGAAUUUUUGAUAGAAAUCAGAUAAAGCAAUGUUCUUUUUUUACGUUAAUGAAUAUUUCUUAUUCUGGAAAAUUUAUGUCCUUGAAAUAUUGUAACAAAAUUGUGAUUUAUCCAAUAUCAUGUACAGUUGCAUUGUUUUUAUGACAUGUUAUACAUCAUUUCACAUAGAUUUUGACACGUUAAUUUUCCAAAUCCGUUCACAGAGUUCAUCUUCAGAAGUUUGAAAAAAAUUGGUUUAAGUGUAAAAACUAACGAAAUCGUGAUUUUUUCGUUGAAAUGAUUUAAUAACCUGUUGAUUUUUUUCAAAACUCUGAUGACAUCAAUAAAUUUUGCGGUUGAAUUUGAAAUCAGCGUGUCAAAAUCUACGGAAAAUGAUGUAUAACAUAUGAUUACAAUGUUCCAUCUAUACAUGGCAUUGGAUAAAUCAUAAAGUUUAAAGUUUAACGUAAAUUUUCCAGGUUUAAAAAUACUCGUACUACAUUCUCUCUAUUCAUUCCUUAUUCUGAAACCAUUUCAGCUUUAACGUAAAAAGAAAACGUCUUUUCAUCUUACUUUUAUCAAAAGUAAUUGAUUUUGACACAACUUUGUCACUUUGUCUAUUAUGCGUCGUCGCGCGAUCGCAGCGUAAGAAAACGCAUGUGUUCAGCGAGUCUUAAAUCCGUUUUACACGAAGAUGCUUGUACGUAUCGCGAUACGCAUGUGAUGAAUACGGAUCGUUAAUUUAAUUGAACGUAAACGUUCAAACAGGAAUAAAAUACGGCGAUACUUUUUCUCAUGUUGAACGCUGUAUUGCAUAUGCGUAUCGUGAUACAAGUAUAUUAGUGUGAAAGAGAUCGGACGGUAUCGCAAGCGUUCGCUGAGGAAGUAUUAGACAACAAUUUGUCGUUUACUUCACGAUUCAACAAAAGGAGAAUUAAGGGUGGAACUAGUACAGGUGUUGUUUAGACAUGGAGACCGAACACCACGUGAGAAUGAACUCUGGCCGAAAGAUCUGGAGGAUUUAUCGGUUUACGAACCAAUGGGACUCGGACAGUUGACAAAUGUAGGAAAACUGAGGGAAUAUGGUAUCGGAAAAUUGUUAAGAAACCGCUAUGACAAGUUUUUAGGAGAUGUUUACCAUCCUACUGACGUGUACGCUUAUAGUACGAAUUUUGAUAGAACAAAGAUGUCUCUACAGUUAGUUUUGGCUGCUCUUUAUCCUCCAAGUUCAGAGCAAGCAUGGAACAAUAGAUUGUCAUGGAUGCCGAUACCUAUGCACUAUAUGCCGGAGAAAAUGGAUUAUUUGCUGAGACCAGAAUACUCGCCAAUAUUUUCAGAAGCACUAAAAAAUGCACGAAAUUUAGAAGAAGUUUGUAGAAAAGUUUCGCAAUACAAAGAUUUCCUGAGCUUUCUAAGUGAAAAAACCGGAAAGAUCGAAAUGAAUGUAACAGAUGGGUACGAAGUUUAUAAUAAGCUGCAGACACAGAAGAGCAUGAAUUUGACGAUGCCCGAGUGGUGUACAGAGGAAGUGAUGAAGACCUUGCAAUCUAUCGUGUUACUUGAAUACGAAACUCGCUCUCAGACAACGCAACUGAAACGUGUAAACGGAGGCACGCUUAUCAGGACAUUUAUCGAAAAUGUACAACUGAACGAGGACCGCGAAAGGCCACGAAAAAUCUAUUUGUACAGCGGACAUGAAUCAAAUAUCGCUGGAUUCGUGAGAGCUCAUAAUUUCACAGAACCGGCGCUACCAAAUUACGGUACCGCGAUUAUAUUUGAAAAACUAAGCGACGAAGCUGGCAAGCAGUUCGUUAGGUUGCUCCUUUGGACCGGAGUUACGGAAGAGUUGAUACCUUAUAAGUUCGACGGUCAUGACGAAGUUCUCCCGUUCGAUAAAUAUAAAGAGUUAGUAAACGACGUUCUAUCAUCCGAAGAGGAAAUGUAUUCAGCAUGGCAUCAUCUUUCAAAAGAUGAUCUACAUAAACUAUAUGAAGAUAAAGUUAAUUUAAAUUAAAGCAGUUAAUUAGAUUCAUUUUAGCAAUUAAACAGUAACCUGCCUAAAUGCUUUAAUUUCUAUUCAGCUCGGAGUGAAAAUAGCUAAAUAUAUUUUGUAUAAUAAAGAUAAAUUCAUAAUAGAUGUUAAUAAUAAAAAGUAUUUUCUUAAAUAUAUUUAAGUGUAAGAAAGUCUGGUUUGUAGGAGAAAUAUCUAGUUUUGUAUGAAUUUGUAUAUACGUGUUUAUAUACAUUGUUUAUUCGUACAGAUACAUUAAAUUGUUAUUACAAAAGUUUA